CUCACCUCAGGCAUGUCGAGCAACGGGUAUUCGAUUCGCAGCUGAUGUAGGCAACUCUUUUUUGGAUUGAGCAAAAUGAGUGAAGCAUGGUACAUUCUGCAAACCCAUAUCUGAACAGUUUACGUCUUUCCGAAUUUCUGGAAGUGUUACAACAGGAAAAAACUGCUGCGGUCUCGUCAUGAGGUCCUCUUCAUCGCGAUUAUCGAGUUUUUCUUCAAGGGACUCUCUUUGGAAUCGGAUGCCGGAUCAGAUAUCGGUGUCCGAGUUUCUCUCGGAGACAACGGAGGAUUACAACUCCCCCACUACAUCAAGCUUCACCACCCGAUUGCAGAACUGCCGAAACACGGUCAACGUCCUGGAAGAGGUGCUGGAUCAGGAUCGCACCGCUCUGCAGAAGGUCAAGAAGUCCGUCAAAGCCAUCUACAACUCGGGUCAAGACCACGUGCAGAAUGAGGAGAACUACAGCCAGGCGCUGGACCGGUUCGGCAGCAACUUCAUCAGCCGGGACAGCUCGGACCUGGGCACGGCCUUCAUCAAGUUCUCCGGCCUCAUCAAGGAGCUGGCCGCACUGCUCAAGAACCUGCUCCAGAGUCUGAGCCACAAUGUGAUCUUCACCCUGGACUCUCUGCUGAAAGGGGACCUGAAGGGCGUCAAAGGGGACAUAAAGAAGCCCUUUGACAAAGCCUGGAAGGACUACGAGACCAAGUUCACUAAGAUCGAGAAGGAGAAGAGGGAGCACGCCAAGCAGCACGGAAUGAUCCGGACGGAGAUCACCGGCGCCGAGAUCGCCGAGGAGAUGGAAAAGGAGCGCCGCAUCUUUCAGCUGCAGAUGUGCGAGUAUCUGAUCAAAGUGAAUGAGAUCAAGACUAAGAAGGGAGUUGACCUGCUUCAGAACCUCAUUAAGUACUACCACGCUCAGUGCAAUUUCUUUCAGGACGGUCUGAAAACCGCUGACAAGAUGAAGCAAUACAUCGACAAGCUGGCUGCUGACCUCUACAAUAUCAAGCAGACUCAGGACGAGGAGAAGAAACAGUUGACCGCUCUGAGGGACCUUCUCAAGUCGUCUCUGCAACUGGACCAGAAAGAGGACUCCCAGAGCAAGCAGAGUGGCUACAGCAUGCACCAGCUGCAGGGCAAUAAGGAGUUUGGCAGUGAGAAGAAGGGCUACCUGCUGAAGAAGAGUGACGGCCUGCGUAAGGUGUGGCAGCGCAGGAAGUGCUCGGUGAAGAACGGCAUCCUCACCAUUUCCCACGCCACGUCAAACAGGCAGCCAGUCCGACUCAACCUGCUGACGUGCCAGGUCAAACCCACGGGGGAGGACAAGAAGUGUUUCGACCUGAUCUCUCACAACCGCACAUAUCACUUCCAGGCAGAGGAUGAGCAGGAGUUUGUGAUCUGGAUCUCUGUGCUGACCAACAGUAAGGAGGAGGCUCUGAACAUGGCCUUUCAGGGUGGCCAGAGCACUGGGGAGGACACCAUGGAGGACCUGACCAAAGCCAUCAUAGAGGACGUCCUGCGCAUGCCCGGCAACGAAGUCUGCUGCGACUGUGGGGCUCCUGAGCCCAAGUGGUUGUCCACAAACUUGGGCAUCCUGACCUGCAUUGAGUGCUCCGGAAUCCACCGGGAGAUGGGGGUGCAUAUCUCCCGCAUUCAAUCCAUGGAGCUGGACAAACUAGGGACCUCAGAACUCUUGCUGGCCAAGAAUGUAGGCAAUAGCAGUUUUGAUGAGAUUCUGGAGGGGAAUCUUCCCAGCCCUUCCCCAAAGCCCACACCAACCAGUGACAUGACCGAGAGGAAGGAGUACAUCAACGCCAAGUACGUGGAGCACCGCUUCGCCCGGCGCACGGCCUCCACGGCGACCGCGCGGCAGGGCGACCUGUACGAGGCGGUGCGCACGCGGGACCUGCUGGCGCUCAUCCAGCUGUACGCCGACGGCGUGGAGCUCACCGACCCCUUCCUAGAGGCAGGCCAGGACCCUGGGGAAACCGCUCUACAUUUUGCUAUCCGAACAGCAGACCAAACGUCUCUUCACCUGGUGGAUUUCCUGGUCCAGAACAGUGGGACUCUGGACAGGCAGACGGACAGUGGGAACACAGCUCUCCACUACUGCUGCCUCUAUGAGAAACCCGAAUGUCUCAAGCUGCUACUCAGGAGCAAGCCCGCCAUUGACAUCGCCAAUCAGAAUGGAGAGACUGCCAUGGACAUAGCCAGGAGGCUGAAGAGCUCCCAGUGUGAAGAGCCACUCAUGGAGGCUGCUGCAGGCAAGUUCAAUCCGCACGUUCACGUGGAGUAUGAGUGGAACCUGCGUCUGGAGGAGAUUGAUGAGAGCGAUGAUGACCUGGAUGACAAGCCCAGCCCGGUGAAGAAGGAGCGCUCCCCGCGGCCCCAGAGCUUCUGCCACUCGUCCAGCGUGUCCCCCCAGGAGAAGCUGUCCCUGCCGGGCUACCUGGGCCACCGCGACAAGCAGCGGCUCUCCUACGGCGCCUUCGCCAACCCCGUCUACAGCACCUCCACCGACACGCCGGCCUCGCCCGGCGCAGACGGACCCACCCUGGUGGGCAGGAGCGCUAGCAAAGGCUCCUCCUCCGGCCCCCCGACCUCGCUGCCCCUGGGCUCCCAGUCGUCAGGCGGAGGAAGCGGCACCCUGUCCAAGAAGAGGGCCCCACCCCCUCCCCCGGGACACAAGCGCACGCUGUCCGACCCCCCCAGCCCCGUGCUGGCCGGUCAGAGCAAAGGCAGCGAGUCCACUCCUCCACCCACAAAUAGGACUUCACCCGCUAACAAGUUCGAGCAGCAGCAGAGCACUACAUCCAGCAACACUAAAUCCACACUUGGUCCAAGGGUUUUACCUAAACUACCUCAGAAAGUGGCGUUGCGGAAGAUCGACACGAUCCACCUCCCCUCAGUGGACAAGCCAGUAGGCCCGGGCCCCGAGAUCCUCCAGAAGCCACUGCAGUCUGUGGAGAGCAGAGGCUUACCGCCGGCCGAGAGGCCUCAGCCUGCGGAGAGGCAUCCGCCUGCAGAGAGGCCCCAGCCUGCCGAAAGACCCCAGCUCGGGGAGCUGCCCCCUAAGCCCCACGUGUUGGACCUCCCGCCGAAGCCCCAGCUCUCGGACCUCCCUCCCAAGCCCCAGCUCUCCGACCUGCCCCCGAAGCCGCAGCUGUCCGACCUUCCCCCGAAACCGCAGCUCAAGGACCUCCCGCCCAAGCCCCAGCUGGCCGACAUGCCUCCGCGACACUCGCUCUCGGAGGCCAGGCAAGCCCAGCACGAGGAAGCGGCGGCGGCCACACCCACACCCAGGCAGCAGCAGCAGCAGCAGCACACAGCAGAAGCACAGUCCUCCGGCCAGCAGGAGGAGCUCUCUCCCAGGCAGGCCAGCGAGGACACCAACGGAGCGCCUGCUGGGGCAGUGGAGAUGCCAGUGCCGCUGCCACGCAAGCUCAGCACGGUCAAGACCAAAUUCAAGCGAGUGAAGACCAUCUACGACUGCCAGGCGGAUAACGACGACGAGUUGACCUUUGCAGAGGGAGAGGUCAUAGUGGUGACUGGAGAGGAGGAUCAGGAGUGGUGGAUUGGACACAUAGAGGGCCAACCGGAGCGGAAAGGGGUAUUCCCCAUGUCCUUUGUGCACAUUCUGUCUGACUGACAGUGUGACCGAACAGUGUGAGGCCUCUCUCUCUUCUCUCUCUCUCUCUCUCUUUUUUCUCUCUCUUCCCUCUCUUCCUCUCUCUCUCUCUCUCUCUCUCUCUCUCUCUCUCUCUCUCUCUCUCUCUCACUAGCACAAGCCCUCUCAUUGGCCUCCCACUGGGACUGUGGGCAUAGCCUCUGUACAUAGCUGCUGUAACCCAAACCAAGUCUUCAAGAGCCUGAGACUCAUCCAAGGUGUCAGCCCAGCCUCCCUGCACCUGAAAAGGGUUUAAAUAUGUAUACCAAGUAUGUGUUGUUAAAAUGAAUAAAUGAAAACUGUUAUCCUGCCUACCAGUAUUACCGUAGCCAUAGCGACCCGGCAUGCUGCCAAAACAGGGUUUGCGGUAGCUAUCCAUCGGAAUCUAGCACUUAACAUUUUUCAGUGUAUGCUGUAAACUGUAUGUACGUAUGUGUGUAUACAUAUAGAAGCGAUAUGUAUGUCCAUUUCAAACGUGUGUACAUGUACAUAAGAUAUGCACACAUGUUAGUAUAUUUAUGUAUCCAUGCACAUACACUACUGUGUAGCUGUACAGUAUGUGACCCCACAGCUAACCAGCGGUGCAGGCUGGGAUGUCUGCUCCUUUCUGUCCUGUGGUUUAAAAUAUCGUCUCAAGUAUUCCUGAGAAAGUUCACAGAGGGCCAUUAAGAUUGAAUUAAAUUAAAAUGAAUAUAUAUAUAUAUAAAUGAAAUUUAUUAACAAAGAGCUUCAAAAUUCCCACGUGUAAAUUAUAGUGGCAUGCUGACCAGGGAAAGAAAAUGAACUAUUAUAUUGGAUUUUAAUCUCUUUAACAUCUCAUAACUCAUAUCCUCGAAACAUGUAAUAAGAAUGACAUGAACCACUCAUAAAGCUAAUCUGGCUUCGUUGCUUGCUUGGUAGUAUUCAGAUGACCAUUCCCUCAGCUCACUGUGUCCGUAGUGGGUUUUACUGUGUGGACGAUGGUGCUUCAGCUUCACGGCUGACCACAUUGUUGAUCGUUGUGAUCAUUUGGCAGCCCGCACUGCUCUGAUCUCCCUGCAUCCAUGUUCGCAACCCGCCAAAUUGAUGUCAUGACAUGUCCCUGGGGACGGUUCUCUUUUUCUUGCUAAGGGGUUCUGUUUGGUUUGUGACACCAGGCAUUAACCCUCUGGACGUUAAUGGUAAUGCUUGAAAAACACUGGAAAGCUCACUGGUUUUGACCGUAGGCUUUCCACAACUAACGCAAAACCCCCUGAUGCAUAGGGUGGUUUAAUUGUACGGCAUCCACAAUGCAAGGCAGGUACCCACGCCCACGUUUGUUCAGUUCAGGAUGUUUUUUUUUAAUACAUUUUUUUUAUUAUUAUUAUUAUUUUUAUUUUGGCCGCUGGUCAAACUAUACUGUGGAAUGUUUUGUGUUACAUUUUUUUUACAGUUGUCUAUUUUGGUGUGAGAUUUGUUUUUGCAUUCCUGUUUAUUUGGCUUUAUUUGUCUGAGAGUGCAGCAGCGAGUGACUGAAGUUUCAGUAUGACUGAGAAUGACCUCGCUACUGGCUCUCAGUGUGGCCCCCAGGCAGGGAGACUGGCUCACACUUUAGGUUCUAUAACAAGUGGUUGGUGUAGUGACAAGAGACAGUGUAUUGGAGAAUGCUUCCUGUAGUCAGUUUGAUGUUUAAGAUAUUUCAAGUGUAUAGGCUUUCGGUGGGUCCGUAAGAAAGGGAGACACGUACUACCCUCUUAGUGUUGAAAAAAUAAAAAUAAAAAAAUCCUCUGUUAAAUAUAGGCUGUCAGCACAAUUUCUAUAACUAAUGGGUAUAAACCACAUGAACAACAGUAACAAUAAAAGAACCAACAUGACAAAAGUUUUUAGAUCCAUCAGCUACUGUGGUGCUCUGCUAAAGAAAACAGUACCUUUUGAAAAUGUGUGUUUGUCACUGAUGUACCAUUCCUGUAUUGUGUCAAUUUGAACUUCACAAUGAGCCCAUUAUUGGACCAAACGUGUGCCAGUAUUGUUUUAAUGAAGACAUAGGCUUUUCAUUACCAGAGACUGAUGAUACGUUAACCUUUGUUCAGUAUGUGUCAUUCAUUUAGGUUAUGUUGGAUCCUGUACAGUCAGUGAAAUCAAUGGCCUGUGUGGCUAGAAUUGUUUUACAUGUUUUGUUGUGAAAGAAACUGAAUGAAUCCUAUUGUUUUAUUAGGAUGCACGAUUUAAUUCCAUGCAGUCCCAUCCCUUUGAUUUGUCUCUGUGUUUGCUGCACUGUAUGUUUAGUCGAGAAGGAAAUUGCAAUUCAGUUGAGUACAGUAAUAAAGACUUUACGUUGAAA